AUGGGCGCUACAUCAACAGUCUUAGGACAACAUUCAGAGAUCACGUUAGAUCCAAGUAUGGGUACUAUACUCUACCUAAGUGAAGAUAACGAGCCAUAUUGGGAUGUUUACCCUCCCCCUCCUCCACCUCAUGGGUGUAGAUCUGACUUUGGUGGUUCUAAAACAGGCUCAAAGAAGACUAAAUCCGAAGCUGAACUAUACCUUCUUCGAGAGAUUGAGGAUCCCUAUAUCGCCCCUGCUCAACUUUCCAGCAAUGGCGAAGAUCCUACGAUGCCCAUGCCUAGUAUUCCCCAUUCUCGUGCAUUCCUCGAAAGGAUCCCUGUACCCCUUUCGGAUGAUCAGGAGAUGAAAGUUUAUAGAUGUUCGUAUGGUGUUGGAAGUAUUGUGAGAAGUGAUGAGUCCGAGAAGUCCGUUGCUUCCCUAGCUCCUUCUGAUGUUUCAUCAAAAGACUGA